AUGGCACAUGCUAGAGAUGCACUGUGGGAGAGCGGUUAUGACGAGUCAGUUGAGGUCAACCAACGUGCCCUGAUUGACAAAGUCCUUGCGCGGUACUCCGCUGAGUUCACAGGUUCGUUCAUGCUAGCUGUACCGGCUGCCUUCAUCUUAGACUUUGUAGAGAUACGGUUCGAAACGAAGGCAUACCUAGAUAGCAAGAAGGCGAACGGCACGGAAGAAGCACCCCCACCUCCGCUUGACCAGCAGGCUCUGGACCGGAAGGCUAGCCUGGUACAUCAGUGGACGUUCAAGAACGACGGCGUGGAUUUCAGAGACGAGGACUGGAAUCGUCUAAAGAAGAUCGCCGAGGGUAAUCCCGACGAAGAGAAGAUCGGUGCUUUUGGAGUAGGCUUCUACAGUUUAUUCUCCGUCACGGAGGAGCCGUUUGUGACUUCAGGAGUCAUUGACGGCUUAGUGCAGCUCUUCGUCAGACGAGGUAAACUCCCGGAUACAGGGAACGUGAACGAUAGUUGGACAACAUUCGAGAUGACUCUUCGUGAACCUGCGUCAAUUCCGAAAGCGUUCGAUCUCACCCGUUUCCUGGCAUCUUCAAUCACUUUCAUGAAACAGCUCUCCGACGUCAGCGUGUAUCUUGACGACACGCGUAUCUCGAGGUUGACGAAGCAGCCCGGGAUCACGAAGUCUGUUGGCGUGCCGAAGGGCUUGAAAAGUACAAGUCCGAAGGGCAUCAUGCAGUUCGGGACAUCAACACGACGCGUCACACUGUUUAUCAAGCCGACCUUAUUCGGUGGGUAUAUCUGGCAGGGAGUGAAAAGGCUGCACCCCCGAAGCCUGCAGCUGCAGCUGCAGCAAAAUCCAGUGGCUUCUUUACGUCCCUGUUCUCCACAAUAUCAGGAACGCAUACACCUCAACGAGCAUCUACCCCUGUUCCGCCUCCGCUGUGGAGCAGAUCGACCCGACACUGUCACGGAGACGAGUGUCAUGCUCUCGAUAUUCUCUGCGGAUGUGUCGGUCAAGCUAGAUCAGAAGUUAAGGUCGGAGCUCCAUCGCUCGACUAAGAAGAACCCACCUGCCAACAUGAACCUGAACUUGAUCUACACCGGAAAGGACGAGUACGAUGCUAGUCGAAAGGACGACGAGAAACAGCCAGAGAAGACUGGAAGUGUAUUCCAGGGACUCCGUGCUGACAUUGAAGGGAGUGGUUCAGCAAGAAUCUUCAUCGGACAUGCGACCAGCCAAACAACUGGUAUUGCGGGUCAUAUGGCGGCCAGAUUUAUCCCCACUGUCGAACGAGAAUCGAUAGAUCUGAUGGACCGAACAGUGUCCGUAUGGAACGAAGAGCUAUUGUAUGUGGGAGGCUUCCUCGCUCGUGCUGGUUACGAACUCGAGAUGGACCAGAUCCGCCAACUCUGGGCCGGAGCCAUGGGGCAGACACCUUCCGCAAAGCCCGAUGAAGAACUGACGGCGUGGCUGCGCGCGAGAGCAUUGCAUGCCAUGAAGUUCUUCACCUUCCACCCGUCGACGCCUCUCGCAGAGGUCUCGCAGAAGAUGGAAUCUGCCUUCUUCUUGUGUGGUGGACCUCGUCAAUCCUUCUCUCUCAUCUCUACGACGGGUGUCCGCAACGCAACGGACGUGCGUAUCCCUGACGCGGCCUUCUCGGAGUUCGUGAAGGAGCUGCCUGUCAUCCCCGACGAAGUCCUUUCUGGUGCCAAACGGAUGAUUGAUGCGUUGCAGGACCGUGGGAUGGUGAAGAACAUCGAGUUCAUGGACGUCCUGCAGGAACUGCGUGCUCGUCCUCUCGCUGAGAGUGAGAUGAUAGCCUGCUUCAAGUGGUGGGUUGGCGUCCAGAAUCAGGGCGAGCCACGGAACCUCGCUCGUAUUCGUACUGAGCUGUUGAAUGCCGCGGUGCUAUGCGUCGGCGAGAAGGGGACAGCUCACGAACGCAUCGUCCCGAUGUCGUCUAUCCAAACGUUCCUCAACACUCGCACUAUGGGUGCUAUCCCCACCGAUGGACCGUUGCCAGCACACCUACUCCCUGUUACUGUCAGCAGACACCUGGAUCCGAGCCAGCUCUCUACUGCUUUCCCUUGGAGGGAAUUCACUACCAUUGACUGGAUGAGACAUAUCACUGGCUUGUCUGGACUCGACGUCGAUCAUGACAUCACGAAGUCUCCGCAGUGGGCAGAGAGGGUCUUCCAGGUGCUCGCGCGGAUGUGGCCGAACAUGGCGAAGGGCAACCAGGAGGAAGUAGUGACGCUGCUACGGGACAAGACGUGUGUGCCUACAUCGGCAGGCAUGAAGCUGCCGCAGGAGGCAUACUUUCAGAGUGCCCAUAUUUUCAAGGACUUGCCCAUCGUACACAUGCCUAGUGGUACGCUAGUGAAAGGUGCUCUAGAAAAGAUUAUCACCGCCAUUGGCGUGCGGAAACAUGUGGAUCUACAGAUCAUAUUCAACAGGAUGAUCAAGACUGGCGAUUGGACCAUCGCUGAGCUAGUGAAGUACCUGGUCGCGGUACAAUCUACUUUGACCCCCUUCGAGCUUGAUCGGCUGCGCGCGACGGCGGCCUUCACUAAGGCAGAAGAGGCAGAAGAGGCAAAUGAUGGCAAGCGUGCGCGUUAUGCAGCUAGCGCCCUGUACGAACCUUCCGACGUCUUUAGACAGCUUGGACUACCCAUCAUUGAUUGGGGACAACAUCCUAAGUGGCGAGCAAACUCAGAAGAAGCGAAGUUCUUGUACAGUUUAGGAUUACAGAGGUUCCCUUCCCUUCCUGUUCUCCUCGGCCUUGCCGCUAGUCAAGACCAAAAAAUACGGACUGCCGCGCUCAGGUAUUUCUUGGAUAACGUCACGACGAAGUACUCAGAUUACGAUCCCAACAACUUCUCGCAAAUCGCAUACAUACCUGCUGUCAAAGAUCGCAAACCGCACAUGGCAAAACCGUCAGAAGUGUACGCGUCUCCGGAAUGGGCAGCUCUAGGGUUCGCAAUCAUCGAUCCCAGUGUCCAGGCGGACGCGUUGCCGAAGCUGAAGGUUCGAGAACAUCCGCCUACAGCGGCAUUGGUCAAUCUACUCCAGAAGUCUCCUCCAUCGAAUGAUAAUGUAGCUCGGGACUGGUUUGGUGUAUUAGCUGGGAGGAUAGCCGAAUUCACACCGACACAGUUGAAAACCCUUGCUCAGAUGGCUAUUGUGCCUGUCACGACUCCAGGAGAGAAACAGACCCGGAUGAUGCCUCCAUCACAAUGCUACCUUCGCGGAACAACGGAGGCGCAAUUACAUUCCAAGUUAUUCACCUUCGUCGACUUCGGCUCUCGCGCGAAUCAAUUCUUAUCGGCGUGUGGGUCGAAGCAAGAGCCGUCCGUUGAGGAGAUUGCCAAGAUCAUCCUGGACAGUCCGCGCAAGUUCUACGAACUCGCGGGUGGUCGCGAUAACUACCUGAAUGAACUUCGCAACAUCGCGGUUAAUCACCGGCUCUUCUCGGGGGCGACGAUGACUCGUCUCAAGCGAUCGUCGGUACUGCUAGGCUCGAGACGUGUGAAGAAACCAAAACCGGCGGAGAAACUCAAAACACCAGAUGACCUCGCUGACCUGGAAGAAGACGACUGGGAACACGAGUACGAUCUCCUGCCAGCGAGUCAGAUUGUUGUGGCGGACGACCCCAAUUCGUAUCAGCUAUUUGGGAACUCGGUGUUUACAGCGCCGCAAGAAGACCUACUCGAAGCGUUCUAUCUGGAAUUGGGUAGCAAGCUCCUGAGCUCCUUGGUGAAGCAAGAGCAUCGGUCGACUACUGAGAUUCCCAAUUCAUCGAAAGCUGCAGACGUACGAACUCUUAUUCUGGAACGUCUACCUCUGUUCCUGCACGAACAUACCCAUGCCGCUCCCCGUGUCAAGUACAGCUGGCUCAAUGAUGAGAAGCACUUCGUCGUCAAGAUGUAUGGCAAACUUACGGUCGUGAAGACGUUACAAUUUGGGACCAAUCGUGCAACACAAGUUCAGGAGUCGUCUGCCCUUGCCCGGCGGAGCCAAAUGGGACCCAUCGAGCUUCUGUUGGCUUACAACAACCAAGUGGACAUGUACGAAGUGUCGAGUUCCAUGUGCCGGGUUCUCUUUGACAUGCCCAAAGCCAACGAUAUCCUGCUGUUCAUGACCAUCUUGUCUACGGACUUGCGGUCUUUGAAGAGACGCGGAUACAAUGUGGAUCGAAUUCUGAGGCAACAACAAGCCCAGAGAGCUGCUCAAGAAGAAGCCAUGCGGAAGAAGACCGAAUCUACAGCGCUCGUGUCGCAUCAAGACGUCAGCUCCGAGAAAUCCUCGCUCUCAGACUUGUCUGGGCAGACUGUGACGCAACCGGGCGGUGCAUUUCCGCCCCAAAAUGCUCCGCCCACGACAGCACCUGCACCUACCAAAGCCUUGGACAUGGUGAAGCGAAUGUCGGACGCUCGCCACUCUGACGCGUGGAAACGACUGCACAGUGCCUUCUCUAACUUUGGUAGCUCGCCUUCUGAAAUGGCAGGCCCAUCGUCGGACGCUAGACGAAUUGGGGCCGGAGACGGGGACAGCGAGGCAACGUCUAUGGCUGGUAGCCGAACUGCGUCGCCAAUGCCAAUGGGAGGGCGGUCCACCACACCUAAUCCUCCCGGAUAUGUAACACCGAAGAAUAGGAUAGCUUCUGUCAUCGAUAUGGCGAUCAAUGCUUGUAAAGAGGAGAAGCGGGAUCAUCUACAAUCACAGGAGAGUCAGCAGAUGGUAAAGGAGGCACUCAAUCAGGGUUACUGCGACGGUACAGGAGAGUCCCUCAACCUAUCCGUAAUUGGCACCAUGGAAGACUUCAAGGUCUACGCUGCACGAGAUGUUGCGAACAUAGCAUCCGUUAUGAGCACCAAGCGCGAUACGAUUGCUCGCUUUAUCUACGUCGUCCUCCCGCUUCUAGACGUAUACAAACUACCUCGGAGCAGCAUACACUUUUAUCUUGACGAGACUGGGCAACGUAUUGCUUUCAAUCGCAACGCAAGCCUGUUCUUGAGUCUGCGGUAUUUCGAGGCCUGGCAUGACAAAGAUGUGCACCGAGGAAACAUGACCGAGGCCUUCAUCUCCUGGUACUUCACGCUGGCGCACGAGAUAGCGCAUAAUAUCGUGGGACCUCACAACUCGGAGCACGAGUUCUACUUCUCAGCCAUCUCUGAAGCAUCUCUCCCAGCUUUCGUUGCACUCCUAUCCUCUCGGACUUGA